UAAUAAAUAAGGAAAGUAGAAAGCGAAGAGAGAGAGAGAGUUUAAAUUAGGGUUUUGUAGGGUUUAUCUAUCGUUCUCUGGUUGAAUCGUGUUUUUGAUUUAGAGCAUGAAUCAUAUAUAAAUAAAUAAAUAAAAGAAGAUGGAGGCUAGAGUAGCUGUGUCUAGCCAUGGUGAAGAGGCAACAAAAUACAUACAGAAGAAACAUAUUCAGACUCAGUCUCAGAUUGGUGCUGUGCCGCACCUACUCGCCGGAGGUAUCGCCGGCGCUUUUGGUAAAACCUGUACUGCCCCUUUUGCUCGCCUCACCAUUCUCUUCCAGGUGCAAGGUAUGUACUCUGAUGUUAUGGUGUUGAACAAGCCUUGUAUUUGGCGUGAAGGCCUACGUAUUGUAAAUGAAGAAGGAUUUAGAGCUUUUUGGAAAGGGAAUCUUGUUACGAUUGCCCAUCGGCUUCCGUAUACUGCUGUUAACUUCUAUGCCUAUGAGCACUACAAAAGUUACUUGAAGUCGGUUACUGGCUUCCAAAGUCGCACAGAUAGUGUUGGUGCUGAUAUGUGUGUGCAUUUUUUCUGUGGUGGUUUAGCUGGAGUCACAGCGGCUUCUGCUACUUAUCCCUUGGAUCUUAUCAGGACUCGUCUUGCUGCACAGAGGAGUACUAUAUACUAUCAGGGUAUAGGUCAUGCACUGCGUACCAUUUGCAGAGAUGAGGGCUUUUUUGGUCUCUAUAAAGGCAUGGGAGCUACAUUGCUGGGAGUGGGACCUAGUAUAGCAAUAAGUUUUUCUGUUUACGAGGCCAUACGUACAUACUGGCAUUCUAAAAGGCCAAAUGACUCUACUACCAUGGUCAGCCUUGCUAGUGGCAGCCUUUCAGGCCUUGCAUCUUCAACAGCAACAUUCCCUUUGGAUCUUGUAAGGCGAAGAAUGCAAUUGGAAGGGGUUGCAGGAGAAGCCCGGAUCUAUAAUACUGGCUUGGUAGGGACAUUUAAGCACAUCUUCCGGAGUGAAGGCUUACGAGGCUUGUACAGAGGCAUUCUGCCAGAAUAUUACAAAGUGGUUCCAGGUGUUGGAAUUGUUUACAUGACAUAUGAGAUGCUUAAGGAACUUCUGUCGGAUUGGUCAUCCUGAAAAAGCUAAUACAUAGUUGAUGUCACCCUUCGCUGUGCCAAUUGUCUUUGGACAUGUGGGUAAGAGGCUGGGUACAGUUUUGAUCGAGGUUAAAAAGACGAGUAGAACUCUAUGGCUUUAAUUUUUCUUUUCUAGUAGCACUUAGAAAUUUCCUGGUAAAAUAUCAGUGAUGAUGAAAAAAGAGUGUAUAUGAUAUUUUCUCUAACAUUAAAAAUCUACCCGUCUAAUUAAUUGUUUAUAUGUCUAGUAACAGAGGAUAUGAUGUGGCCACUGAUGGUUGUACUUAAGAAAAGUUAUAUUGUGUUACUUUGUUUAGUUUGAUUAUAUAUGUUAUUUUUGUUUC